GAACAUUCAAAUUAACCGAAGAAAAUCGAAGUUUCUUGGUGUGUGGGUGUAUGUGUAUAUAUGUACAUAUAAUAACAUCUCUCUCUCACACAGAGAUCAAGAAAUCUGAGCUAUGGCUUCCUCCUCUGCUUCUUCAAUCAAACCACCCUUUCCUUCUGCUUUCACUUCGUCACCUUCUUCGCCUUCAAAAUCCUCUGUCCUUUGCUUUCUGAACGCCGACAGCUUCAACAAGCUCAACCUCUCUCUUUCGCGAUCUCAUUCUCCACUUUCCUCCUUCGUCAAUAAUGCCUUGAAGACAGCACACACAUCCUCUGCUUCUAUCUCUGAGGAUCUGAAAUCUUAUUCUUCUUCUUCGUCGUCGUCUUUGGGUCCGAAACCCACCGUCUUGAUUACCGAGAAGCUCGGAGAGGCGGGGCUCCAAGUUUUGCGGGAGUUCGGACAAGUGGAAUGCGCCUACGAUCUCUCCCCUGAAGAACUGUGCUCGAAGAUCGCAUCGUGCGACGCUUUGAUUGUGAGAAGCGGGACGAAGGUUACAAGGCAAGUGUUCGAAGCGGGAAAGGGAAGGUUGAAGGUUGUGGGAAGAGCUGGUGUGGGGAUCGACAAUGUCGAUCUGCAAGCUGCCACUGAGUUCGGUUGCCUCGUCGUUAACGCUCCCACCGCCAACACCAUCGCCGCCGCCGAGCACGGCAUCGCUCUCCUCACCGCCAUGGCCAGAAAUGUUGCACAGGCCGACGCUUCCAUGAAAGCGGGAAAAUGGCAAAGAAACAAGUAUGUUGGAGUUUCAAUGGUGGGGAAGACACUGGCAAUUUUGGGAUUUGGAAAAGUGGGAUCUGAAGUGGCAAGGAGAGCAAAAGGGCUGGGCAUGCACGUGGUGGCUCAUGACCCAUAUGCCCCAGCUGAUAGGGCACGUGCCAUUGGUGUGGAUUUGGUUCCAUUUGAUGAUGCCAUCUCUAGUGCUGACUUUAUUUCCCUUCAUAUGCCACUCACUCCAUCCACCAAUAAGAUCUUCAAUGACGACUCUUUUGCGAAGAUGAAGAAGGGAGUACGCAUCAUCAACGUCGCUAGAGGUGGUGUUAUCGACGAAGAUGCACUGGUAAGAGCUCUUGACAGUGGAAUUGUUGCUCAGGCUGCACUUGAUGUAUUCACUGAGGAGCCUCCGUCCAAAGACAGCAAGUUGGUGCAACAUGAAAAUGUGACAGUCACGCCUCAUCUUGGAGCGAGCACAAAAGAGGCUCAGGAAGGUGUAGCCAUUGAAAUAGCUGAGGCCGUGCUUGGGGCAUUGAAGGGGGAACUUUCAGCGACUGCUGUCAAUGCUCCCAUGGUUGCUCCAGAGGUUCUGUCAGAGCUGGCUCCAUAUGUUGUGCUGGCUGAGAAGCUGGGAAGGCUAGCUGUCCAGUUGGUGUCUGGAGGAAGUGGGAUCAAAUCAGUAAAAGUGACUUAUCAAUCGGCAAGGGACCCAGAUGACUUGGACACUCGGCUUCUACGAGCCAUGAUCACUAAAGGCAUAAUUGAGCCAAUAUCAAACUCAUAUAUCAACCUUGUGAAUGCUGAUUUCACUGCCAAACAGAAAGGCCUCCGCAUAAGCGAGGAACGUAUAGUCGCUGACUCAUCCCAAGAAUUCCCUGUUCAUUCAAUUCAAGUUCAAUUAUCCAAUGUGGAUUCCAAAUUUGCAAGUGCUGUGAAAGAGAAUGGUGAGAUUAGCAUCGAGGGGAGAAUUAAGUCUGGAGUACCCCAUUUGACAUGUGUGGGCUCAUUUGGUACUGAUGUGAGCUUAGAAGGCAACCUUAUACUGUGUCGCCAGCAAGAUCAACCUGGGAUGAUUGGCACUGUCGGGAGCAUUCUCGGGGAGCAUAACGUUAAUGUCAGCUUCAUGAGUGUGGGAAGAACUUCUAGGGGGAAACAAGCUAUCAUGGCUAUUGGUGUGGACGAAGAACCAAACAAGGAGGCUCUUAACAAGAUUGGAUCAGUGCCUGCCAUCGAAGAGUUUGUGUUUCUUAAGCUUUAGCAAUAGCAGAUACUUAUGGCUUGCAUAAUACGGUUUUUCUAUUUGUUUUUCUUAAAUGUGGUCAUGGAAUGGGUGAGUCGAGAAUAAAACUAGGUGUACCCUAAAUAAAAAAACAGCCUUCACUUCUCAUGGUCGCUGCAUCAAGUUUUGCCAAAGCCAGCUUCUUGUUUUUGUUUUUGUUGAGGACUUAUGUUCUACUUCUUUUCAUAGCUUUAAAUGCAUUGAUCCUUUCUGUCA